CGGGCCGCCGAUCCGCCGCUGCGACCUCCAGCCCGGGCAGAGCCGCAGCGCAGCGCCGCUCCUCUUCAGUGGCGCAAACUGGAUGUUAUUGCGGAAAGUCCGGACGCGUCUCUCUGCUCCUCCCGCUCCUCCUCGGCUGCCAUGGAUUGGUUUCCUCUGAGCGGAUUAUUUUAACUCCCCGCAGCGCCUCCUGUCCGGCCGCAGAGCUCCAGAGGCCGGUCCUAUGAGCGCAGCCUUCGGCCCGUCCUUCAUGGUGAUGCAGCGGCCACUCGGAAGCACCACCGCCUUCAGCAUCGACUCUCUGAUCGGGGGGCCUCCGCAGCCCAGCCCGGGACACUUCGUCUACACCGGAUACCCGAUGUUCAUGCCCUACCGGUCGGUGGUGCUGCAGCCGCCGCCGCCCCCCGCCCUGCAGCCGGCGCUGCCCGCCGGACACCACCCGCCGCUGCCCGGCCUGCAGGGCGGCUUCUGCUCCAGCCUGGCCCAGGGCCUGACGCAGGGCAUGGCGCUCACCUCCACCCUCAUGGCGUCGCUGCCCGGCGGCUUCUCCCCGAACCAGCAGCACCAGGAGGCGGCCCGGAAGUUCGGCUCGCAGCCGCUGCACGUCUUCGACAAGAGCCAGGAGCUGCGGCUGGACGCGGAGGACGGGAAGAGCUUCCUGCAGGGGAAGGAGUCCGCGCUGCCCGCCUUCCACGACCCGGACACGGCGGUGCAGACCUCCACAGCCAAAGACUCCAAGGACGAGGACCGGAAGGACGAGAGCUUCUCUCUGGACAGCGACCUGGACUACAGCUCCGACGACAACCUCACGUCCAUGUGCCACAAAGAGGACGCGGACGGCGGCGGCGCUCUGGACGACGGUCCGCUGCUCCACGGCUCCUCCGGCGGCGGCUCCGGUUCGGGCGGCGGCACCGGAGGAGGCGGCGGGAAGAACCGGCGGCGGCGGACGGCGUUCACCAGCGAGCAGCUGCUGGAGCUGGAGAAGGAGUUCCACUGCAAGAAGUACCUGUCGCUCACCGAGCGCUCGCAGAUCGCGCAUGCGCUGAAGCUGAGCGAGGUCCAGGUGAAGAUCUGGUUCCAGAACCGGCGCGCGAAGUGGAAACGGGUCAAAGCCGGGAACGUGAACAACAAGUCCGGGGAGCCGUCCCGGAACCCCAAGAUCGUGGUUCCGAUCCCGGUGCACGUGAGCCGCUUCGCCAUCAGGAGUCAGCACCAGCAGAUGGAGCAGAACCGGCCGUAGAGGCGGAACCACCGGGGCCGGUACCGGAGCCGCGACCGGAGCAACCGCCAGAAGAAAAACUGACAGAAAGAGUCGCGAAACUCCAGAGAAUCUUCCGGAUAAACUGAUGAAGU